AUGCACGGAGAUCCUAGAUUCCCCUCCUAUCACGCGGCCCGUCGACCUCGCAGCUCCCAUUCCCGUCACCCGCGACUUCUCCUCCCGUCAGCCGCAAUUCUUAUUCCUGUCUCCGUACAGUCCGCUUGCUGUCGCCUUCAAUUACCCUUCCCGACGCCGUCAAAUCGCCUUCCGGACGUCCGCACUUCCCCUUCCCGUCGCCCCCACUACCUUGUCCUGUCGCCCGCACCUUCACUUUCCCGUCCGGUCGCGUCGCCCUCACUUCCCCGUCGCGUCGCCCUCACUUCCCCGUCGCAUCUUCCUCACUUCCCCGUCGCGUCGCCCUCACUUCCCCGUCGCGUCGCCCUCACUUCCCCGUCGCGUCGCCCUCACUUCCCCGUCGCGUCGCCCUCGCUUCCCCGUCGCGUCGCCCUCGCUUCUGCCUUCCCAUCUCCCUCACUUCCCCUUCCCGUCCGUUCAACUCCCCAUUCCCCUCGUCCACAAAUCACCUAUCCUAAGCCUUUCCCCCCUUCCUCCUUUCCGUUUCCCCCCUUCCUCCUUUCCGUUUCCCCCCUUCCUCCUUUCCGUUUCCCCCCUUCCUCCUUUCCGUUUCCCCCCUUCCUCCUUUCCGUUUCCCCCCUUCCUCCUUUCCGUUUCCCCCUUUCCUCCUUUCCGUUUCCCCCCUGUCUCCAUUCACUUUCUCGCCCCUGCCUUCCUUCAGUUUCCCCCCUUCCUCCUUUCCGUUUCCCCCCUUCCUCACAUCCGUUUCCCCCCUUCCUCCUUUCCGUUUCCCCCCUUCCUCCCAUCCGUUUCCACCCUACCUCCCAUCCGUUUCCCCCUGCCUCCCUCCGAUCUCCCCCCUUCGUUGCCCUCACUUCUUUCUCCCGCCAUCUACUUUUCCUUCACACACUGCUGUUUCCGUUUUGGAGGUCAUACAAUCCCCCUUCACUAACCCGAUUUCUCCCCUGCUCGGCUCACUCUUUCCCCCUCCCCGAUUUCUUUCCUGAUCUGCUCAUUCUUUCUCCCUUCACUCACCCAAAUGUUCCCCUGGUCACUCUCUAUUCCCCUUCACUCACCCAAUUUCUCCCCUGCUCACGCUCUUUCCCCCUUCACUCACUCUCUUCCCCCCCUCCUCACUUUCUCUCCCCUUUUGCUCACCCCAGUUCCCCCCUUCUCCCUCUCUUUCCCCUUUUUUCUCACCCAUCUUCCCCUCGUUACUCUCUUUCCCCUUUGUGCACCCCUUUCCCCCUACUCGCUCUCUUUCCCACUCACUCGCUUUCCCAUUUCACUCACACCCUUCCCCCCAUUCUACCCCCUGUUCUCACCCCUCCUGUUGCUCUGCUUACAUUCACCUUUGCCCAUCCCUUAGCGCUGUCACUUCCCAUGCCCUUCUGUACGCUUCACCUGUCACUACUUCCGUAA